CAUUUACAUUUGCGUUAUCGUAUAAUAUAUUCAGUGUCGCCAAUAUGAAAAUGUAUGCUUUUGUUCUAUAGGAUGAGAACUUGCAUACGAUGAUGAUAAAUUCUCAGCUAGCCUAUGCAUAUGAAUACUUGGGCAAUACAUCGCGAUUAGUGAUCACGCCACUCACCGAUCGAUGCUAUCGUACCUUGUUCGGUGCCCUCAACCAGCAUCUCGGCGGCGCUCCGGAAGGACCUGCUGGGACAGGAAAAACUGAAACUACCAAAGAUCUAGCAAAGGCAGUUGCCAAGCAAUGCGUCGUAUUCAAUUGCUCGGAAGGGCUAGACUAUAUCGCUCUGGGAAAAUUUUUCAAAGGAUUAGCCUGUACAGGUGCGUGGUCUUGUUUCGAUGAGUUCAACCGCAUUGAUUUAGAAGUCUUAUCGGUAGUGGCGCAGCUAAUAUUAACUCUUCAACGAGCUAUACAGGCAGGGAAGGAGAUAUUAAUAUUCGAGGAAACAGAAUUAAAACUGGAUUGUACCUGCGCGAUAUUCACCACAAUGAAUCCGGGAUACGCUGGCAGAACGGAAUUGCCAGACAAUUUGAAAGCUUUAUUUCGACCAGUGGCUAUGAUGGUACCGGAUUACGCUUUAAUAGCAGAAAACAUUUUGUACUCAUAUGGAUUUUACAACGCGAGACCUUUGUCCGUUAAAAUAGUUAUGGCUUAUAAAUUAUGCUCAGAGCAACUGUCUAGCCAGACUCAUUAUGAUUACGGUAUGCGAGCAGUAAAGACUGUCUUAAUAGCAGCAGGACAUUUGAAAUUGAAGUAUCCAAAAGAAAACGAGGACAUUUUAAUCCUGCGUAGUAUAAAGGAUGUGAAUUUGCCCAAGUUUCUUAGUGAAGAUAUACCACUGUUUCACGGCAUCAUCUCGGAUCUUUUUCCAAACGUGCAACUUCCUGAACCGAACUAUGUAUACUUAAAUGAGUCCGUGCAUAAAGCGUGCGCCGCUGCAAACAUCCAGUGCGUUCCUGAGUUUCUAGAGAAAAUUCAACAAAUAUACGAAAUGAUGUUAGUCAGACAUGGAUUCAUGAUCAUCGGAUAUCCCUUCGCUGGCAAGACUACGGCCUACAAAAUGCUGGCAGACGCACUCGAAAUUUGCGAAGAAAAUAAUUGGAUAAACGAGCGCAAAGUAGAGAUAACGGUGAUCAAUCCGAAGGCAAUAACUCUUGGACAAUUGUACGGGCAAUUCGAUCCAGACUCUCACGAAUGGAAGGACGGUAUUCUGGCUAUUAGCUAUCGAGCUUUUGCAACUUCGACAAACGACAAUCGAAAGUGGUUAGUUUUCGAUGGUCCGAUAGACGCAAUAUGGAUAGAAAGUAUGAAUACUGUUCUUGACGACAACAAAAAGUUAUGUUUGAUGAGCGGAGAGAUCAUUCAGUUGGCGCCGAUGACCAACUUGAUAUUCGAGCCAUUAGAUCUAGAAGCUGCUUCACCGGCCACAGUAUCUCGUUGCGGAAUGAUUUAUAUGGAGCCUGGAGCAUUAGGAUGGGACCCUUUAUUAAAUUCUUGGAUGGCUAAAUUGCCAAAAGUGAUAGAUGAAUGGCUACGAGUCUUUCUUUACAAAUCGCUAUUCCUCAGAUUUUGUAAACCUCUUUUUCAUUUAUUACGCCGAUGUAACGUAAAGGAAAUAUGUCCGAUGCCUGAUUCAAACAUUUUACGAUCUGUUACUUAUCUCGUGGAUUGUUUCUUGAAUGAUUAUUAUAAUGAAGAAAUAGUACAAAAUUUAAGCGAACUUGAUCUUCGAGCACAGCUAGAAGGUUCGUUUUUCUUUUCGUGCAUCUGGGCAAUGGGCGGCACUUUGGAAGCCAAGUAUAAACAAUCAUUUAGCAUUUUAUUUCGUGGGCUUCUGGAGAAAGAAUUUCCUCAGGAGCUAAUGAACACAUAUCAGUUACAAGAACCGGUUCCAUCACCUUUAAAACCCUAUAUAUUUAUCAUACCAAAGCAUAAACUGGUAUUUGAUUACAGAUUUAUUAAAGAGGGCAAAGGAAAGUGGAAAUUAUGGUCGGACGAGCUAUUACUGGCGCCCCCGAUUCCCCGUGACAUCCCUGUCAAUCAAAUAAUUGUGCCAACCGUAGAAACAGUACGGUACACGACUCUCUUUCAGAUGCUGGUACAACACGAGAAACCGGUACUCUUUGUAGGUCCAACAGGCACCGGAAAGUCGGUAUACAUAAUCGACUUCCUAUUGAGGAAGAACAAUGCCGAAGUGAAUAAACCGUUGCUGAUUAAUUUUUCCGCGCAAACCACUGCUAACCAGACGCAAAAUAUUAUUAUGAGUAAAUUAGAUCGUAGGAGAAAGGGCGUUUAUGGUCCUCCUAUAGGGAAACGAUGGAUUGUCUUCGUCGAUGACGUUUCAAUGCCAAUGAAAGAGAUAUUUGGGGCACAACCGCCCAUAGAAUUAUUACGGCAAUGGUUGGAUCACUGGCAAUGGUAUGAUAUAAGAGAACAAACGUUAAUAAAAUUGAUUGAAAUCCAAUUAAUGUGUGCUAUGUCUCCGCCAAUCGUAGGCAAAGAUGUUACGCCGCGAUUCAAACGACACUUUUUCGUUUUGGCAAUAUCUGAAUUCCAGGAUGAAGUUAUGAUUGCGAUAUUUAGUAAGAUUAUUCUGUGGCAUCUCGAUGCAAGGGGUUUUAGUAAAGAAUUUGAUCCAUGCAUUGAUCAAAUUGUUUUAGCAACGCUAGACAUAUAUAAAGGGAGUUUGCGCAAUCUGCUACCGACACCAGCGAAAUGUCAUUACACGUUUAAUCUUCGAGAUUUCUCCAGAGUUAUUCAGGGAGUGCUUUUAUCAGUUCCAGAAACUAUGCCUGCACUAUCAAAUAUGAAUCGAUUAUGGGUUCACGAGAUACUUCGUGUAUUUGGAGACCGUUCCGUUGACGAAAUUGAUAUCAAUUGGCUGAUACAUCAAAUAAAUGUGACACUAAAGACACAUAUGAAAGUCUCGUUAGAAGAGCUCUUCGAAGAUCUUUUCCUUCCAGAGAAGGAACGACAGAUUACCAUAAAUGAAUUACGAAAUUUGAUAUAUUGCGAUUUUGCCGAUCCCGGGGUAGACGUUCGUUUGUACCAAGAAGUUAGCGAUUUAGAACAAUUACGAGAGAUCGUGGAAACAUAUCUUUCUGAGUAUAAUUCAAUGACAAGGAAGCCUAUGGAUCUGGUAUUGUUCCGGUACGCAAUCGAACAUCUAUCGAGGAUAGCUCGUAUCAUCAAGCAACCACGAAGUCAUGCUCUCCUCGUUGGAAUCGGUGGAUCUGGAAGGCAAUCUUUAACCAGAUUGGCGUCACACAUUUGCGACUACGACGUGUUUCAAGUUGAACUUUCGCAACAAUAUGGCCAGUAUGAAUGGCACGAGGACAUUAAACUUAUUUUGAAGAAAGUCACUGCUACCGAAUUGCAUUCGACUUUUCUCUUCAGCGAUACGCAGAUUAAAGAAGAGACCUUCUUGGAAGAUAUCAGCAAUAUGCUUAAUUCAGGAGAAGUGCCAAAUCUAUAUAUGGCUGAUGAGAUGGUCGAAAUAUGUGAGAAGAUGAAAAUAAUUGAUCAACAACGAGAACGAGCAUUUCAAACAGAUGGUAGCCCUGCGGCGCUUUUUAAUCUAUUCGUACAAAUCUGUCGGGAUCAAUUACAUAUUGUUGUCACUAUGUCUCCCAUCGGUGACGCUUUUAGAAAUCGAAUUAGGAAAUUUCCGGCUUUAGUUAACUGUUGCACCAUAGAUUGGCUUCAGCCAUGGCCUAAAGAUGCGUUGUUCGCUGUCGCGACGAAAUUCUUGGCUACCGUUGAACUUACUGAUCACGAAAGAAGUGUCUGUAUUGAUAUGUGUCAAAUCUUUCAUAUAACCACUCAAAAAUUAAGUAAUGAAUUCUUCAUUCGUUUGAAUAGACGCAAUUAUGUGACGCCUACAACUUAUCUCGAAAUGAUCAAGACUUUUCAGACUUUACUCAAUAAAAAGCGUGGAGAAGUGCUGCAAGCUAAGACUCGGUAUGAAGGUGGAUUAGGACAAUUGGAUAGUACGCAGCGGCAAGUAAUAGAGAUGCAGGAUAUAUUGAAACUGUUGCAACCAAAAUUGAUUACAGCUACGCAGGAUAUCCAGACAAUGUUGCUUGACAUUGAGAAAGAACGUGUGGAAGUCGCUGAGGUUGAGACAGAAGUCAAAUUCGACGAAGCCGCGGCUGAAGCAGUCGCGAAUGAAGCAGCUAGGAUAAGAGCCGAAUGUGAUGCUGAUUUAGCUGCAGCUAUGCCUAUCUUACUUCGAGCCCAAGCAGCGUUAGACACAUUAACAACGGCAGAUAUCGCAGUAGUGAAAGCAAUGAAGCAUCCGCCUUAUGGCGUGAAGCUUAUUGUGGAAAGCGUUUGCGUCCUUAAGCAAAUAAAGCCAGAGAAAAUAUAUACAAAGGAGGGUCCGGUAAUUGAAGAUUUCUGGAAGGCCGCCUUAAAGAUGCUCAGCGAUGUUAAAUUUUUAGAAUCCCUACUUCAGUUCGAUAAGGAUAACAUACCGGAUAAAGUAAUCGAAACAAUACGGAAAGAGUAUCUGGUGAAUCCGGCCUUUGAUCCGGAGAAAGUCAAAAAGGUGUCAACGGCUUGUGAAGGAUUAUGCCGUUGGGUCAUUGCAAUGUCCGAGUACGAUAUAAUCGCGAAAAUCGUCGCUCCUAAGAAACGAGCCCUUGCGGAAGCUGAAGCUGCCUAUCGUGAUGCUAUGGAAAAAUUAAAUAUGAUGAGAGAACUAUUGCGCCAAAUACAGGAAAAAUUGUUGGUUCUUGAAGAAACUCUAAAGAAAAGGAGGAUAGAGUUUCAAACGAUGUCAGACCAGGUGACGGAAUGUGAGACGAAAUUGAAGCGAGCAGUAGAUCUCAUCAAAGGAUUAGGCGGAGAAUAUGCACGAUGGUCCCAAACUGCUGAGGAUCUAGACACCAAAUAUAAUCGACUAACGGGAGACGUGCUAAUUGCUUCCGGUGUAGUGGCUUACUUAGGUCCAUUCACUACGCCGUUUCGUGUGCAGCAGAUAGACGAAUGGGUGCAAUUGUGUACGAGUAUGGAACUAAUUUGCAGUUUAAAUUUCUAUCUGCGCGAUGUACUUGGCGAUCCAGUUUCGAUCAGAUCAUGGAACAUCGCCGGAUUGCCUGCCGAUGUAUUUUCCAUCGACAAUGGAAUUAUCAUUACAAAUGCCAGAAGAUGGCCGUUGAUAAUAGAUCCGCAAGGCCAAGCUAACAAAUGGAUAAGAAACAUGGAAAAGAAGAAUAAUAUGAGCAUUAUUCGAUUAAAUCGACCUAAUUACAUCAGGAUUUUAGAAAAUGCGCUACAAUUUGGACAGCCAUUGUUGUUAGAACAUAUAGAAGAAGAGUUAGAUGCCAUUCUUGAACCGAUACUUCUUAAACAGACAUUCAAGCAUGCUGGUGCAUGGUGCAUAAAACUAGGCGAUAGUAUAAUAGAAUAUAAUACUAAUUUUAGGCUUUAUAUUACGACAAGAUUAAGAAAUCCUCAUUAUCUGCCGGAAAUAGCUGUAAGAGUAACUCUGCUGAAUUUUAUGAUAACACCGAGCGGUCUGGAGGAUCAGUUGCUUGGGAUUGUAGUUGCGAGGGAAAGACCCGAUUUGGAAUCAGAAAAAAAUAUUUUAAUCGUGCAGAGUGCUGAAAACAAAAAGAUGUUGCAAGAGAUAGAAAACAAAAUCCUGGAAGUACUUUCCGCGACAAAAGGUGACAUUUUAGAAGACGAGGAAGCUAUUGACAUUUUAAUGAUGUCUAAAAGUUUGUGCGACGAUAUUCUGAUAAAGCAAGCGGCCAUGGAAGUUACGGAAAAGUUGAUCGAUACCGCGAGAUUGCAGUAUCAACCCAUCGCGGCUUAUUCGACUAUACUUUUCUUCACAAUAGUAUCUCUAGCUAACAUAGAUCCAAUGUAUCAAUAUUCAUUGAUAUGGUUUGUGAAUCUUUUCAACAUGACUAUUGAUCAUACGGAGCCGACCGAUAAUAUUAAACAACGUCUGACAGACUUGACCAAACACUUCACAUAUUCCCUUUACGUCAAUAUCUGCAGAUCUUUAUUUGCUAAGGAUAAAUUGUUAUUCACGCUACUUCUCGUUUUCAAUCUGCAUGAGAUGAGCAUUACACCGGAAGCCGCGAGCCAAUGGUUAUUUUUAUUAACUGGUGGAAUAGGUUUGGAAAACCCAUACGUUAAUCCUAUCGAGUGGCUGCUCGUAAAAAAUUGGGAUGAACUAUGCAGAUUGGAUACUAUUAAAGGAUUCGAGGGCAUCAGAGAAUCAUUCUCCAACGCAAUUGACAACUGGAAGAAGAUAUUCGACUCAAGAGAACCGCAGAAAGAAACUUUCCCAGCGCCAUAUGACAAAUUAAGUUUAUUCGAACGAUUAUUAAUUUUGCGUUGUAUCCGUCCCGAUAAAAUUAUCUCAGCGGUACAAUUGCUCGUGGAAGAACAAAUGGGCCCGCAAUACGUAGAAGCGCCACUUUUUGACUUAGCAUCUUGUUUUGCGGAUUCCAACUGUAGUAUUCCAUUGAUAUUCAUCCUAACUCCCGGUGCCGAUCCGACGCAAACCUUGUUGGCAUUUGCCGAUGAGCAAGGCUAUGGUGCGGACCGUCUUUUCUCUCUGUCUCUUGGCCAAGGUCAAGGACCUAUAGCGGAGAGAUUAAUAGACGACGGUGUGUGGCAUGGUAAUUGGGUAAUAUUGCAAAAUUGUCACCUGGCCAAGAGCUGGAUGCCGAUUUUAGAAAACAUAUGCGAAGAUCUGACACCCGAUACGAUUCAUCCUGACUUCCGGCUAUGGUUAACCAGUUAUCCGGCAGAGCAUUUUCCCACAUCGGUCCUUCAAAACGGUAUCAAGAUUACGAAUGAACCGCCCAAAGGACUCAGGGCCAAUAUUUUGAGGUCCUACACAAAUGAUCCAAUCAGUAAUAUAGAGUUCUUCGAAGGCUGCAUUCAAAGCGAAUACUUUAAAAAGCUACUGUACUCGUUGAGCUUCUUCCAUGCUAUCGUACAAGAGAGACGGAAAUUUGGCCCGAUUGGCUGGAACAUUCCAUACGAAUUUAAUGAGACAGAUCUGAGGAUCAGCGCUUUGCAAUUAAAGAUGUUUCUGGACGAUUACGAGGACGUGCAGUUUGAGGCUUUGCUGUACCUCACGGGUGAAUGCAACUAUGGAGGUAGAGUUACAGAUGAGUGGGACCGUAGAACACUGAAUACUAUUCUAUUACAAUACUAUUGUCCGAAACUAUUGACUGAUGAAAUAUACUACUUUGACGCAUCGUCUACUAUUUAUUAUUGUCCGAUCGUUAAAGAACACGAAGAAUUUAUCGCAUACAUUAGAAAACUUCCGAUAAUUACAGAACCAAGUGUAUUUGGCAUGAAUGAAAAUGCCGACAUACUUAAAGAUCAGCGAGAAACAGAUCUGUUAUUCUCUUCAUUAUUGCUCACUCAAGAUCGAACGGAUCUUUGGAAAAUUAAUGAGGAAGCUGUUAAAGGUUUAAGACAAAUUUCUGACGAUGAUAUAGUUUAUGAUGUCGCGACAGAUAUCUUGGAUAAGCUUCCACAGGAUUACGAUCUCAUUGAAGCACUUACUAAAUAUCCUACAUUAUACAGUCAAAGCAUGAACACUGUGUUAGUGCAAGAGAUGGACAGAUUUAACAAAUUAUUAAACUGUAUCAGGAAUAGUCUUAUUAAUAUACAAAAAGCUAUUAAAGGUUUGAUUCUAAUGUCUUUUGAGCUUGAAGAUAUUUACGGAGCAAUCUUGAUGAGCAAGUUACCUCUUUUGUGGAAAACAAAUUCUUACCCCUCUUUAAAACCUUUGGGCAGUUAUAUCAAUGAUUUUCUACAACGUUUAACAUUUUUACAACAAUGGUAUGAGAAGGGACCACCUGUUACAUUCUGGUUGUCUGGGUUUUAUUUUACGCAAGCAUUUCUAACUGGGACACUGCAAAAUUACGCGCGAAAAUAUCAGAUUCCUAUAGACCUUCUUGCAUUUGAUUUCAUAAUCCUGAAAGAAACUGUCUUCACGAUUAUGCCCGAAGAUGGCGUUUACAUUUAUGGGUUAUUUUUGGACGGUGCAAGAUUUGAUAUAAAGAAAAUGUGUAUAGAGGAAAGUUUUCCCAAAGUACUUUACGAUAACGUACCUUUUCUGUGGCUGAUACCAAUAAAGAAGCAAGAUAUCAUAGAAAGACAAUUGUAUGUUUGUCCGCUAUAUAAAACCAGCGAACGCCGUGGGGUAUUAUCCACUACUGGUCACUCUACGAACUUUGUCAUAGCCAUACGAUUGCCUACGGAGAAACCAUCUGAACACUGGAUUAUAAGAGGAGUAGCUAUGCUUUGUCAACUCAGUGAAUAAAAUAAGCUAAUGUAAUGUCA